GGUUGCUACGUGUUGCUCUCGUAACUUAUUACCACGUUGCUCCGACUUUCCCUCAUGGCAGCUCAGGCAGAUAUUCCACCAGAUCUUACCGACAAUGUCAAAGCUUCUAUAUUUCAAUUUCUGGAUGCUAACCUGAAUUCCGUAAUUCUUCUCGCAUUGUUGCAUGGCAUAUACACUGGCAUUCUUGCCGUUACAUUGUGGAAUAUAUUCAUCAACAAAUCUUGGCUGAUCCGACGAGCCUUGGUUGUUGUUAUCAUUCUCCUCCAUGCUCUGAUUACUGUCUCUUUUGCCAUCGAUUGGUCAUUUAUACACUCUGCAUUCAUUGAUAACGGGCAAAGUUUUUGGGCUGUAUACUUGAAGCUUAGCGCUGUGAACCAAGCAGUCUAUUUGGAGUCAGGCAUUCCAGCCUCUAUGAGUACUAUUCUUGCAGACUCAUAUAUUAUCUGGUGCUGCUGGAUGAUUUGGGGACAGCACUGGCUUAUUGUCCUGCUUCCAAUCCUUUCCCUAAUUUCUGCAACUGUGUCAAAAAUCAUUAAUGUAUAUCAUGAGUACUUCAGUGGAUUGAACUCAGUAUUCCUGACACUCUACACAUCCUUCAGUCUAGCAACAACAUUAUGGUGCACACUGCUCAUAAUUUUUCGCAUUUUGACUGUUACUGGGGUUAGAUGUGGAGCAGGCAGCCGACUGAGAGUUUAUCGCCGUUUUAUUGAAGUGCUAGUGGAAUCCUCUGCUCUUUAUUCGAUAUUUCUGAUCCUAUAUCUGGCUUUCUUCAUUCGUGAUGAUUUUGGAACAUAUUACUUUGAAGUCAUAGCUGGUAUUGCGAAAGGAGUUGCACCCACUCUUCUUGUUGGCAGAGCAGCGGCAGGACACACACGCCCAACCGAAGAACACGACGAAACUUCAGUGGUGUCUGCCAUUCGUUUCCAGAUGUCUUCGUGAUCUUCUCAACCUUCACAACCUUCCAUGGCAAGCAUUCAGGAAUCCACCAUGCAGAGCGCAAUCCCUGAAACGGACAUUGAAGCUCAACGGGAGCGGUCGGAUGAGCUCGUGGUAGUUGUUGAAAGGACACAAUAGAGCUCAUGGCGAGGGUCUGAAAGUCGGGUUGAGACUUCGGAUUUAAUUUAGACUGUCAUUUUUGCCUGCUACCCUUUUUGAUUAUCGUGCUCUCUGCUUUAUUUUUCGAACAACUAUAGAGUCU